AUGGUUGACGCUAGGGGAAGUACACCUUGUUUAAUCGGUGAUUCUAUAAGGAACAUCAAUGAUGAAAACAGUUUGGAUUUCCAGUAUAGUAAUCAGUUUAAUGAGGAAGGCGAAGCUUCGAGGUUACUAACGCCACAAACGAGUUCUAAUCAUGCCCUAAGCAAGAUGCAGAAGGACGAUGAUAUUCGAGAUAGAUCUUACACAUCCGUAGCGGAAUUGAACCGUGAAGGUGCUUUGCUAACCGACGAAGUUGAUUUGGAGAACGUUGAUGCUUCGAAGGUUCGCAGUAGUAGAGACGACCUAGAGGCUGAAGAGAAAAGGAAAAAACUGCUUUUGUUUAAGAAAAAGCAAAGAAAUAGAUCUAUCAAUUCAGACAGUUUCUCCUCUCCUUCUUUGCGUGCUUCAAAAUCGAAUUCACUGAUUACGUCUACUGAUCCUGUCGAAGAUCACAUUAGUAAAUACUCUUCAUCAGGCACACCUGAAAAUAUUACAGGUAAAGCAGACGACGAAGAUGAAGACAUAAUUAGAAACUCCUACGGGCAGAUGAUCAAAAACAAUUCCAACAGACCACAUUUAGCAAAGGGUGAAUCGUAUCAAUCCGCAGAACAAGAAUUAGAUCAUACGGCGCCUGAAAAAUCAGAAAAAAGACAAGAAAGAAGCGGUAGAUCUUUUGAUAGACAAAAAUCAUCGGCUGAAUUUUUAAGAUCUUUAUCGAGGUCAAUAAGUCGCGGACCCGCUAAAAACAAAACGGUUUCACCCUCUAAGGGGGAAGACUCAAGAAUGUAUAGUACCAGCAACUACUCUAUAUCAUUAGUUGAUUUGGAAAACGGACCCAAGGUUAUCCCGGAAACCCUGGAGGAAGAGCAGGAGGAUGCCGAAAAGGAGGGAGUUUUGAUGGAAGAUGAGGGCAAUGAAGAAUACACCAAAGAUUUGGAAGAAGCAGCUAACAAAGUUCAACAACCAUGA